ACUGCAAACUGUGGACAAGGAGAGUUCAAACUGUUUCUCAGUUGUGAUAGGUUUAUGGAGACGCAAUGUAUUUUCUUCCUUUAACACAGACCCACUUUGGGGAUCCCAUGAUGGAGGGCAUCCAUGCUGGUCUUUCCUACAGAGCAGAAUCAAGACAAAUUCCAGAAGGACUCAAUGUUCUGGCAGUUUGCUCGAUCCUAACAGCAGCAUCCUUCCAAGGAUUUUAGUCUGCAGAGCCUUGCUUAUCCUUGCUGUAGCUGUUGGCUUCACAGGAGCUAUGCUGGGGUGGACAUAUGUCAUAUGCUUGUUAUUGGUUUUGGUUUUAAUAGGUAUUUCAGUCACCUUGUCUACUGUUGUCUCCAGUAUUUCAUAUUCCUCAUCAAAAAGAAAAUAUGGAACUAGACAAUGAUACAGUCCGUACCAGGCAGCAACCGGCAUUUUACAGAGUCCAAAGAGAAAUGUGGACUGAGGAACACGUACAAGCAUUCUUGGAAAGAAGCCUACCUUCCACCUUUGGUGGAGAGCCACAAAUUGCUGAAAAGAAGACACAGCUGCGUUGCAGGUUCUCCUGGGAAAGUUUCAAAAAGAUUAUAUACAAGAGGUUCCCUAUCCUGAGUUGGCUUUUUUCCUAUCAGUUCAGAGAGUGGAUCUUGAAGGACCUCCAUGCAGGCCUAAACGUUGGGUUGGUUCAGGUUCCUCAAGAUUUUUGCUUUCUAGGGCUGUUAGGAGUUUGGCUGGCUGGCUUACCUCUACCAACAAUCAAUGGCUUCCUUUCUGCAUUCUGCUGCUCAGUGCUGUACGUUGUAUUUGGAAGUUCACAUCACAUCUCAAUUGGCUCAUUCAGCAUCCUAAAUCUAGUGGUGAAAAAUAUUCUCAAGUCCCUUGAUCUCAACAAAACGUUGUCCUUUAACAGUUCACUGGUCAAUUUUUCAGACCCUACACUUUUGAAAGGUUACGUGGAGAUCUUGGCACUCACUGCGUCAGUGACAUUUAUGACUGGCAUAAUUCAGUUACUGCUAGGCUGCUUCUGCCUGAAGUCUGUAACAGCAUACUUGCCAAAGGCUCUCAUUGAUGCUUACCUCUCUGCAGCAGCAUUGCUUGUCAUUGUAUCACAGUUCACUUUUAUCUUUGACAUUGUGCUUGACUUCCAUAAGGGCUCUCGAGACAUUUUUUAUAAUGUGUUCUAUUAUUUCCUGGCUCUCCCAAAGUCUAAUGCCACCAGCAUACUGCUGUUUUUGCUUAGCAUGGCCAUGCUACAAAUCAGUAAAGCUAUCAGGAUAACUUAUCUUCAUAGUCCUGUUGCAUUUCCAAUGGAGCUUCUCUUGAUCAUCACAGCUACCAUUAUUGCCAAUUGUAUUCAUUUUCACGCUGAAUCUAGCAGUGCUGUGCUCAGUAUGAUUCCUCAGAGGUUUCUACCUCCUACACUGCCAGAUUUAUCAAACCUGAGCAAGAUCAUCUUGCAUGCUUUCUCCCUUGCUAUUGUAAGCUGCUUCCUUCUUGUUUUUAUUGGAGAGAAGUAUGCUUUGCUUCAUAACUACAGCAUUUCCAGCAGUCAGGAACUAAUAGCUGUGGGGCUUUGCAAUAUUUGCAGUUCAUUUUUCAGAAGCUUUGCUGUCAGCUGUGCUAUUUCUGGAACUGUCAUCCAAGAGAAGGCGGGUGGAAGAACCCAGAUAGCAGCACUGAUGGGAGCAUCUAUAAUGCUGGUGAUUGCAUUGAAACUAGGACAUUUUUUCCAGAUGAUACCUAAUAGCGUGCUGGCUGCUAUUGUAGUAUUUAACAUGCUACCUUUUCUUGAAAAACUUCUGGACAUUCCUACCCUGUGGAGAAAGGAUAAGUAUCAUUUAGCUAUUUGGCUUGGAACUUUUGCUGCAGUGCUUUGUCUUGGUCUUGAUAUUGGUUUACUGAUCGCCCUGGCAAUUGCAUUCUUCAUAAUCAGCAUCAGGACACACAGAAUGAAGAUGGUGGAGCUGGGACAGAUUCCAAACACGAAUAUUUAUAGAAGUUUAUCCAUCUGCAGAGCCGCAAUGGAGAUUGAUGGUGUCAAAAUCUUUCAGUGCUGUUCUUCCAUUUCUUUUGCAAAUAUGAAUAGCUUCAAAAAUUACUUGUUACACAAGAUGGACAUGAAAACAGUGCCUCUAAAUCCAAAUGAAAUUAGGGCCUUAGUUUCAGCUAAUCUGUCUGACAUUUCAGUGGAAAGCAAAGAUUUUAGAUGCUCUUGUGUCUGUGAUCCACCCUUACCACCACCUCGGAUACCAUAUACAGAGAAACUGGUGAAGUCAUAUCAUGUAGACAGUAAUUCCACGUCAUCUUCAGUUAACUUGGUACGUUGGUCAGAGUACGGAGUUAGACAGAACUGUGGGAUGCUCUUGCUGGGAGCAGCUAAUGCGCAGUCUGCGUCUCCAGGCAUUAAAACACAACUUCAGGCUGGAAAAAAUGAGGACGAAGGGAAACAAGCUGGUGUUUCACCGAGCUCUGCAGUAGGUAAUACCUCAGCACAAUUAGAUCAGGAAGAACAGCCAGUACAUUUGCCAAGUCCGGUUCACACCAUUAUUUUGGACUUCAGUAUGGUCCAGUUUGUGGAUUUGCAAGGUUCAGACUUACUACGACAGAUCUUCCAUAUGUUUUUCAAUAUCGGCAUUACAGUCCUUAUAGCUGGCUGCCAUUCCUCUGUGAUAGCAGCCUUUGAGAAGAAUGAGUUCUUUGACAGCUGUGUCACCAAAGGAAUGUUCUUUCUAACUCUUCACGAUGCUCUGCUGGCUGCUUUGGCGAGACAUCAAAAGCCAGAUGAGAUAGAACUUACUGCAGAAGAGCAUGCUGAAAAGCCACAAGCUGAAGAUGAGAUGGAAAUAAAUUUGCUUAUGGAGAAGAAUGGAGGCUUCUUCUCUGCAAGGAAGCCUAACAGCAAACUCCUGCGUGAAGAGCCAAUAUCAGAUAACUCAUACUCAGCCCAGAAUGCAGCAGAGUCAAGCUCUCACCUGCAGUUUGAAACUCUGUCCCUUCAACUGAAUUUCUAGGACCUCGCAUGGGACAAGGAAUGGAAGUAUAACAGCAACAUGUGGAUUACAACUAUUGGGGAAUUGGGAUUUCAGUAGAAGGAAGAAAGGGGGAACAGACAGAGGAAUGGAACCUCUCAUCCCCAGAGCUCACACGAGGAUUUUUCUGCCUUCCAAAAUUGCACACAGAGGUACCCACUUUUCCCUGCAAAUAUUUGUAUCUGAUGCCCGGGCUGCGCUGUGCGGUGCCUGCCAACAAUGAGCUGGACGGGUCGCGCUCCCUCUGCCGGCAUCCAGCAGGGACAGAGCCGCGGCUGCGCAGGGCGGCCGUCGUGCCGUGAGCCGUGCGCUGUGAGGUGUGCGGCAGCUGUGUGGGCAGCACGAGAGCCGCAUGAUGUUAAACAGUUGUUGACAGAGCUGGCAGGAGUUGUAAGGGAAACGCGUUGACGUCUUUAUGACCACUACUGGGUCUGUGCUCACAGCAAAAAAUUCCCCAGCAGCCUAGCAGCUGCCACGUUGCUUUUUGUGAUAAUUAUUGAGUGUUAGUAUUUAAUUCUUCUCUGACUAUAAUGGCUACUCCAAUCUACAUUUCUGAUGCCAAAGCUACAAGAGCAGCUCCAAAAGUAACACCUGCUAUUUUAUUAUGUUGGGCCAGGAUGCCAGAGGCAGAUGCUGAUGGUAUGGCAGGAGAGGUUGAACCUUCUCUGCAGUAUCCUGUUACAUUUUGUUGCUGUGCAUAAGGUAGCAGCAGAGGGGCAAAACGUGUGUGAUGUGGAAGUGCAAAUGAAGCAAGGACGUGUCACUGAAUUCCUCCAUGUGAAAAACAUGGCACCAAAUGACAUUCAUCGAUGCUUGGGGAAGGUUUAUGGAGGCUGAGCAGCAGCUGUGAGCACAGUGUGGCAGUCGGGGGCGUCUCAGCAGUGGUGUCAGUGGGUCACCUCUGCCGGUUCAGAUUCUUAUGGACAUGGCAGGACAGCUCUAAUUCGUCACUGGCAAAAGCACUCAGCUAAUGGCAAUGACUAUAUGAGAAACAGCGCUUUCAGGUGAGAAUUUGCUCGAUCAAAGUGUUAUUGUGCUCUCCGUAUGUGUUGGAGCGUCCAUGCAAAUAAAUAGGAGGCGUUAUUA